AUGUCUAAGUGGUCCCGAGAAGCAUAUCUUGCAGGCACUCUUUCUGCCAGAUGGUGCAAAACGCCAACGCCGCGGAGCGUCCCAUCUGCAAACGUCUCAGGGGCCCUUUCCUCUGUGACCACCUGCAGCGGCAGCUCUUGCGAGGGACGCAUGGCGGUGCCCACCGGCGUCCGCGUUGCUGUGCGCAUCAGGCCGCUCCUGGCACGGGAGGCGGGACAGCGCCAGGGCGUUCGCAGCUAUCCGUCGCAGAGCAAGAUCGUCUUGACUGGCUUGGAUCGUGGCCAGGAGAAAUGCUUCAUAGUAGAUUCGAUCCUGGACAGCCGGCCGCCGAUGGAGAGGAGCAGCGGUGGUCAAACAGGCAGCAGAACGACUUCUAGGGAAAGCUUCCCGAUGGAUGGCUCGCAAGAGGCUGUCUACGAGGCUGUUGGAGCAGAGAUUGUGCGAAAAGCCGUCGAAGGCUACAAUGCCUGCAUGUUGGCCUAUGGCCACACAGGGUCUGGCAAGACCUACACCGUGAUGGGCUCUGAGUUCACCAGAGACCUGGAGCCAGAUGACCUGUCUCCGCUCCAAUGCGAUGCCAAGCCAGUCAAAGGAACCGGCACGCCUCGCACGUCUGUUCGAGAGAAGGUCAGCGCUUCGCCGCUUGAGAAGGGGCCCGCAGACAGCAGCUUUGACAUGGAUGUGGGCUUCGGCUCCGGCCUGGUGCCGCGAACUCUGGAAGCGAUCUUCAACGCGCUGAGCGAGGAGCCUGACACGGUCUGUGUUGCCUCUUUCUACGAGAUCCACAACGAGCGGAUCCGAGAUCUCCUCGCACCAGCGACGCCGAAAGAAGCACCUGCUUGGCAGGAUGGCGGAAGCGGCGGACAGCCGCGAAACGGCCGCGUGCAUGGCAAGACAACAGUGCAUUUUCAUCCUCGUUUCGGUGCUUUCGUGGCGGGUGUCGAGGAAGUACCGUGUGACGAUGUGCAAGAGGCGCUUCGUCUCGUCAGCUUCGGAUUGCAGGUCAGAACAACUGCCGCCACCAUGCUGAACGAUCGUUCGUCUAG